CCCGAUGGUGGUGGGGGUGAUGAACGACCGCCUCAAGGCCCUCACCACCUCCUUCGCGCAGCAGAUGGGCAGGGAGUUCCACUACUGCAUCAAGAACAUGGACCAGGAGUGGAACACCGCCUACAAUUUUUCCUCCGACCCCACCUUUCUCACCAACUGCAUGAAGAAAACCGAUGGAGACCUACCGCAGCGCGUAUGCACGGCCGCCGAGAUGAAGUUCUACUUUGAGAGCUUCCUCGAGAGCAACGGGAGAAAGAACUACGUCAGGCCAAACAAGAACUGCAACCUCACUUCAUGGAUCGAUGGUUGUGAGCCUGGAUGGUCAUGCAGCGCCGGCAAAGAUCAGGAGGUCAACUUAAAAGAUGCUGUCAACAUCCCUUCCAGAACCCUCGAUUGCAGCGGUUGCUGUGCUGGGUUCUUCUGCCCCCAUGGCCUCACUUGCAUGAUACCAUGUCCUUUGGGAGCAUACUGUCCUGAGUCCACUUUGAACAAAACAAGUGGAGUCUGUGAUCCGUACCACUAUCAACCACCCGCCGGAAAGCCGAAUCAUACGUGUGGCGGUGCUGAUAGAUGGGCAGACGUUGUUAGUACAGAUGAUGUUUUCUGCCCACCUGGUUACUACUGCCCAAGCACAAUACAGAAGCUCGAUUGUAGCAGUGGGUUCUAUUGUAGAAAAGGCUCAACUUCACAAACCAAAUGCUUCAACAAAGGGAGUUGUAAACCAAACUCUGCAAAUCAGGACAUUACCAUAUUCGGUGCACUGCUUGUGGGUGCCCUGUGUUUUUUGCUGUUGAUCAUUUACAACUUCUCCGGACAACUUCUGAUGAACCGGGAGAAAAAGCAAGCAAAAUCUAGGGAGGCUGCUGUAAGACAUGCCAGGGAGACAGCAGCAGCUCGUGAAAGAUGGAAAGCAGCUAAAGACGUCGCAAAGAAACACGCUGCAGGCCUGCAGUCAUCACUGUCCCGCACAUUCUCACGCAAGAAAACUCUUAGGACACAUGAAUCGUCCAAAGGAGGUAUGCCUUCAACCGAAUCCAUUGAUGGGCCGUCGAACGAGCUAGGAGGAAAGAAGGAAAGCCUCACUGAAAUGGUGCGUUCACUCGACGAGAACCCCGAAAAGGGCGAAGGUUUCCAUGUGCAAAUAGGAGAGAAGAAGAAGCCUAAAGGAAAGCAUGCGCAUACCCAGAGCCAAAUUUUCAAGUAUGCUUAUGGACAAAUUGAGAAGGAAAAGGCAAUGGAACAAGACGCCAAGAAUCUUACGUUUUCAGGAGUGAUAUCGAUGGCCACCGAAGAAGAUAUCAAGAAAAGACCCACAAUUGAGAUUGCUUUCAAAGACCUCACUCUAACCUUGAAGGGGAGUAAGAAAAAGCUUUUGAGAUCUGUGACAGGAAAGCUUAUGGCUGGUCGGGUAGCGGCGGUGAUGGGCCCAUCAGGCGCGGGGAAGACCACAUUCUUGAGUGCUAUUGCUGGCAAGGCAACAGGAUGCCAGACAACAGGUAUGAUACUUAUAAAUGGGAAAACGGAACCUAUCCGCUCAUACAAGCGAAUCAUUGGCUUCGUACCGCAAGAUGAUAUUGUCCAUGGGAACUUAACAGUUCAAGAGAACCUCUGGUUCAACGCAAGAUGCAGGCUGUCUGCUGACAUGUCAAAAGCUGAUAAGGUCCUUGUCGUGGAAAGAGUUAUCGAGUCCUUGGGACUUCAACCAGUUCGUGAUUCUUUGGUUGGAACUGUUGAACAGCGUGGCAUCUCUGGUGGCCAGCGCAAACGAGUAAACGUUGGUCUAGAAAUGGUCAUGGAACCCUCCGUACUGAUUUUGGAUGAGCCAACCUCGGGGUUGGACAGUGCUUCAUCCCUACUUUUACUUCGCGCCCUACGUAGGGAAGCUCUUGAGGGUGUCAAUAUCUCUAUGGUUGUUCAUCAACCCAGCUAUACAUUGUACAGGAUGUUUGAUGAUUUGAUACUUCUCGCGAAAGGCGGUUUGACUGUAUACCACGGGCCUGUAAAGAAAGUGGAGGAAUACUUUUCAGGAUUGGGCAUUGUUGUGCCAGACCGUGUGAACCCGCCGGACUACUAUAUAGACAUCUUGGAAGGAAUUGUGAAGCCAGACACAAAAGAACCUGUAAAUGUCAAAGAUCUCCCUAUUAGAUGGAUGCUUCACAAUGGGUAUGAAGUUCCACGAGAUAUGCUGCAGAGUUCUUCUGACUCAGAAUCCUCCGUUAGGGGGGGAGGAGAUUAUCAUGCCUCAGGUGAUGACACUGGGCAAUCUAUUGCUGGUGAAGUCUGGGGUAAUGUGAAGGACAUAGUUGGGCAGAAGAAAGAUGAGUAUGAUUACAAUAAAACAUCCGAAAACUUGUCGAAUCGGCGUACUCCUGGUAUCCUUAGGCAGUACAAAUACUACCUGGGGAGGUGUGGCAAGCAGCGGCUUCGUGAGGCUAGAAUACAAGGAGUUGACUAUCUGAUACUGGGCCUUGCUGGUAUCUGUCUGGGCACACUUGCUAAAGUGAGCGAUGAGUCAUUUGGAGCACUUGGCUACACAUACACUGUCAUAGCUGUGUCUCUGCUGUGCAAGAUUGGGGCCCUGAGAUCAUUUUCGCUGGAGAAAAUACACUACUGGAGAGAGAGAGCAUCCGGCAUGAGCUCACUGGCAUACUUCUUAUCCAAAGAUACAAUAGAUCACUUCAACACGAUUAUCAAGCCGAUCGUCUACCUCUCCAUGUUUUACUUCUUUAACAACCCGAGGUCAUCAAUCUGGGAAAACUACGUCGUUCUUCUGGCCCUCGUCUACUGCGUGACGGGAAUGGGAUACACCUUUGCCAUCUUUUUCCAGCCUGGUUCUGCACAGCUGUGGUCAGCGCUGCUUCCGGUUGUUCUAACACUAAUAGCAACCCAGCAAAAGAACACCUUCUUUGCUAACCUGUGCUACACAAAGUGGGCUUUGGAAGCAUUCGUGAUUGCAAAUGCUCAGAAGUACUCUGGGGUAUGGCUCAUAACGCGGUGUGGCUCGCUGUUGAAUAGUGGGUAUGACAUCAACGACAAGAUUCUGUGCAUAGUGGUCCUUGUAGCGAACGGGGUGAUAUUCCGGUGCGUGGCUUUCUUCUGCAUGGUGAUCUUCCAGAAGCACUAAUGGAUGAGCAUGAUCUGUUAUGGCUCGUCCAGUAUGAUCUGCAUGAGCUUUGUUAGUUUUUAUCUAUCGAUUGAUCGGUCCAGAGAUGCUAGUAUAUGUAACAUAGCAGCUGAUUUGUUCAUUAUGGCAUGUAGCGAGUAGAAGAACAAUAUAUACGCUGUGUAUGUGUUCUUUACCACAGUUAGGAU